AUGGCAAAGCUCUCUGUUCUGAACAAUACAGCCCCUCUUGCUGCGGGGACCAAAGGGUCACAAGCAACUCAAAAAUCAUUAUCAUACCGCCAGACUGAGAGCUUCUCUGACAAUUCCAGUGAGAGCGAGGACGAAAGUGACAGCGAUAGCGAAAAUGAGAGUAUUCAACAAGUUAUGGGUACUUAUAGAAAACAAAGGGUGAAGAAAAUUAUCGAGUCAGAUAGUUCAGAGUCUGAUGAAGAUACUAGUGAUGAAGAGGUCGAUACAGUUAAGGUCAGUCGCUCAAUCCCAUCCCCAUCUCCUGCCCCAAAGUCUUUAAAUAUUAGCCGAGUGAAUGGAACGGAAAAUAAAAUUAAAGCUGCUGCAAAUGAAACAGCUCCAAAGCCAACAAACCAAAGAACCCCUCAGCCUGGUAAAGCCACCUCUGACAAAGAAGUCCAGGACAUCUCCGAAGUACUUAAUGAUUUAUCGAUCAAGACAGCCGACGUGCAACGGAAGGAACCCCAAUCAUCAAAAAAACCAGUGAAACCAAAUCCUGUAUUGAAGCCAUGGGCUGGAAACCGACCAGUUCAACAUCAAACAGCCAAUACUGUUAAAGUCAAUCCACCAGCACAGUCACCGGUUAAGCCUAAAGCUGAACUACCCAAGCAAAACAAUACUGUGGUACCCGGUGGUAGUUUCUUCGAUCGAAUCAAAAAAGCUCAAGAGAAGCAGUCCAACAGUCGAUUAUACCCAUCUGCAUCACUGAACCCACCUUCUGACCGAGCUCCGUUUCUAUCAUCACCAAUUCGCAAUUAUAAAUCAGAUGGUACCCUAAUGGAACCAAUGACACCCAGAUCAUCGCAAUGGUCACGACCUAUUGACAUUGCUCAGGCUAAAUCAGGAAGACCAGUCACUGCGAUUUCGCCAAUCAAACCGCCUGGCGACGACGAUGACAUUUCUCCAGACGCCUUUCGAAACCCUCUCAAACAAUGGGGCACUACUGCCCCUAGCAUAAUCGGACAAGCAAAUCUGGCAGCCACCAAGGGAGACUCAUAUGCAUAUGUCGACCCAGCUAAAACUACUGAAGCUCUGAAAAGUUUGUUGACCGAUAUGAGUAAUGACGAAGAUAUAAACCAAGACGAAGUGGAAGAUACCCAAGCAAGCAAAGUAGAGGGCUUAACUGUGUCAUUACUAUCCCAUCAAAUCAAGGGCUUAAAGUUCCUGCUAAAGCGUGAAGAUAAAGACCUUCCAGCCAAAGGAGGUUUAUUAUGUGAUGAUAUGGGUCUUGGAAAAACCGUUCAGUCUAUUGCAUUAAUUCUAUCUAAUCCAUAUACCCCAUCGGAAUCUAUAUCUGGACAUAUCCGAGCAACCUUAGUUAUUGCUCCUCUUGCAUUAGCAGAACAAUGGGCAGACGAAAUUCGCAACAAAGCACCCGGGUUAAGAGUCGAAGUCCACCAUGGGCCCAGUAGGUCCAAAGAUCCCAACUCUUUGAAUUCAUAUGAUGUGGUUAUCACCACUUACCAAACAGCCACAUCUGAGCAUCAAAACAAGGGUCCAUUAUUCCAGAAAACAUGGUGGAGAAUUAUUCUAGAUGAAGCUCAUAUGGUUAAAAAUCCGAAAGCCAAAUCUUCAAUUGCCGCAUAUAGCCUUCAGGCACAAAACCGAUGGUGUCUCACAGGCACACCUAUUCAGAAUAACAUCGACGAGUUAUAUUCUCUGAUCAAAUUUUUACAAAUUGCACCUCUGAAUAAUGCUAGCACAUGGCACAAUCAAAUUGCUCGUCCAAUUACCAACCGCCAAGGAAAUGCUGCUAUUAAUAGACUUCGGGCUGUUCUAUCGGCUAUAAUGCUGCGUAGAACUAAGGCGGUUCUAGGACAGUCUGGCAUCAAAAUGCCAGCUCGUAGAAAACACUUUGUUCAUCUGGAUUUUGAUGAAAAUGAGAGGGUUUUCUACGAUGCUUUGCAUAAUAGAGUUAGCGAUGUUGUAAAACGAUUGCUAGGCGAGAGUGGAAGAAAUUAUAUGGGUGUUUUAUUGUUACUCCUCCGAUUAAGACAAGUUUGUGAUGAUAAACGUCUUUCGCGUGGAAAAAUUGAUAACGAUGAUAAGGAAAGCAUUAUUUCAGCGGACAAGACAAGGGCUGAUACGGAUGAUUUGUCAGACUUAUUGAGUAGUAUGUCCAUUGACAAAGAUUCGACGUCACAGUUGAGUGAAUUAGGGUUAGACGAAUCGGAGUCAAUUAGUGAUGGAAGUUCGACAAAGAUAAAGAAGAUUAUUGAGAUUGUCAAAAGCGAACCAGAGAGAAAGACUAUUAUUUUUAGUCAAUUCACAUCGAUGCUGGACUUAAUCGAGAAACCUAUGCGAAAAGAGCGAAUCAAGUUUGUUAGGUAUGAUGGAAGUAUGACCAAAUUUUAUCGCGAAGCGGCAUUGAGCUCUAUUAAGGAAGAUCCUUCUGUAAAAGUUCUUCUUUGCUCUUUGAAAUGCGGUGCAUACGGUCUCAAUUUGACCUGUGCCAAUAGGGUUAUUUUAACAGAUCCCUGGUGGAAUCCCAUGGUGGAAGAACAGGCUAUAGACCGGGUCCACCGUUUGGGACAGACCCACGAUGUUGAUGUGUACGAGUUAAUAAUCCGAAACACGGUAGAAGACAAGAUUAUUGCCUUGCAAGAAAAGAAACGACAGCUGUCGAAGGAUGUUAUAGAGGGUGGUAAGUUAUCAGCCAGAGGCAACCAACUUAGUGCAGCAGAACUUCUUGCUCUGUUUGACUAA